AUGUUCAAAGUUACGGACACUCCAGGAGAUUGCUUCCUAGUCUCCCGCAGCGGUGAGCCGGCACCACCACCAGUCGAUCCAAGGUCAUGGCAGCGAAGGCUGAAACGGGCCUGGCGCAGGUAUUGCCAAGAGAUUCCGGAGUCGAACCAGAGCCUCAAUGCUUUUCUUGGCCCGCUCCAGGCCGAAACGGAUCAGUUGGUGUUCUCCUCAUCUUCCAGCGUGCAGAUGCCGGGAGCAGAGAAGGAGCCCGAUCCUCUGCCCCCUGCACCGGCGCGCCGGCCGCGACGCACGGUGCUUGCUCGUCCCAAAGGUGCCUUCAAGAAGCGGAAGAAGGCUACGAAGAUCUCUUCGUAG